AUGUCGGUUACUAAAAUCGUAAGGGCGGUGCACAGCUUUGUGUCAGAGGGACAAAGCACUACAAAGAAGUUGCCGAAAGAUGCCGGGAUCUCCGAUAUUCCGACUUUCGUGCCGAUUGUUUUUGCCCAAUACCCAACGAAUGGCGAGGAUUUCAACCAGGAAAUAACAAGAGCUGAGAGGAGAGCGACUACGGGUCCGGCAGGCGCGCGCCAACCCUCGCAAGUUCUUUUUACUACAAGCGGUAUUGGCACAGGGAUACAGGGACUUUUCCGAGCCUCGGAACGUCCAGAACACAAUCAGGCAUCUUCCCAUCCUAUUCUCAACGUGUUUAUUACUCAGGUCUCGCCCUCCCCAACGCCAGGUUCUCAUCAUCCAUCUCCCGAUUCUGUUUCGUGUGUGUUGACUGUUCUAAAGGAAUCUGUCUCGGUCACUUUACCUGUCCGUCUUUGUCGCCUCCGGACUGACCUCAUUCCAUUUCUUUGGGUACGAUUGACCAUUAACCCUCCUAUGGGAAUCAUUAAAACCGGAUGGUGCCUAUGUCUCGUAAAUGAUCCAUCAAGCCGUAGACUGCAUCGAAGCGCUCGCUACUACCGGUCCAUUCGUGCGAGUCCUGACAUGAGACGUGAGGACCUAGAGGCUCGACUCGAACUACCCUUCGCAUGGUUUCUUUUUUUAUCUCACCCCCACAAACAAAUAUUUACUCCCCUUCCCCACGAGCCCACAGCUCCCGUCGCCUGUCGGUCUACGACGGGGACGCUGUCCCUCGCCUAUCCUUUACCCUCACCCAACCCUUGA